AUGUAUUGCUCUAAAAAUACUGCCCAUCGUGCUCGAGAAUGCAUGGGAGAAAACCGAUUAAAAAAGCGUACUAAUGAAAUAUCAGAACUAAUGCAAAAUGAAGAUCUUUCUGUAAAUGAUUCAAACACAAUGGAAUAUGAUGCUACUGAUAAUACAUAUAAUAUUACCACUGCGUCAACUGCCUGUGUAAUAUCUUCACUACUUGAUGAAUCGUUAGAUGAAAUUGAAUCAAGUUUCGGCGAUGUUAACGAUGAAGAAUUAGAAGUCGAAAGUGAUGAUGAUGAUAAUGACGACAUCGACGAAUUCAUUUUUUCGUAUGAUAUGAACAAUCAAACCAAAUUAUUUGCAUCGUCUCCUUUAUCUAUACAUGAAGCCUGUCUUAUUAUUAUCAAAUUAGCUCGUCGUUUGAAUUUGAAUAAGAAUGAUAUCAAAAAUUUUUUGGAUGGUAUUCGACAUCUUUUCCCAGCAGACGUUAAAUUACCACGCACUGUGAAAGAAUUAAUGAAGGUCAUCGGUUUUGACUGUUCAAAGCAAGUGCAUUAUUAUUGUUGUCAAUGCUUAUCGCAUUUAAAUUCUCCUGAACAGACUAUAUGUACUGGUGGAUGUUUAUUUAAUAAUGAGAGGCGUCCAUUUAUGAAUGUUAUCGAGUUAGCAACCAAUAAUGUUAAAGAUGAAAUUUUUUCAACAGCUAAACGAUACAUAAAUCUAAUCAAUGAGUAUUACAUUCAUUCAAAGGACAUUUUACCGUGUGAUGUAAUAAAUGGCUCCUUAUAUGAACGUUUGGGCAACACGAAUCAAAGGCAGCUAACUAUCAUGUUGCACACAGAUGGAGCACCUGUGACUAAAAUUGGCGGAAAAUCAUUGUGGCCAGUCCAGGCAACAAUUCUUGAAAUACCCCCACCUAUAAGAGAUCAUAUAAGUGCAGUCAUGGUAUUUGCUGCUUGGUUGGGUGGCAGUCAUCCAAGCAGAGAACUAUUGUGGAAUAGUAUCGUUGAACAAAUUCAUAAUUUAUAUAACGAUGGAAUAAUAAUAAAAUUACACGACAAUACAAAAAUUAAAUUUAAUAUUCGAAUGCAACUGAUUACAUUUGAUCUACCUGCACUUGCUCUCAACUGUAACAUAGUUCAAUUUAAUGGUUAUGAUGCUUGUCCAUUCUGUAAAAUCCAUGGCUAUUCAAUUGGAACACAAAUAUUUUAUGCUUAUUCACAAACACCAUCAUCCCGCAAGACUGAUCAUGAUUAUAUUCAGUUAUCGAUGCCCAAUAGACCAAGAUUUAGCUCAAGUGGUAUUAAAGGAUCUACUCCUUUAACAAAAAUAAUGUUAUUUCCAAGCCAAAUUGCGGUUGAUUACAUGCAUUUAGUGUGCAGUGGACAUUUUAAAACAUUGAUCACUUACUGGAAUCAUCUACUGUUACCACAUGUAUUAGAUCAAGCAUCAAAUUUUUUACUAUCUAUUACACUACCACACUCGUUUGGAUAUCAGUUUAUGCCUUUAACUCAAUAUGCUAGUUGGAAAACGAAAAUGUUCAGAGAUUUUUUAUUAUAUGCAUCUCCAAUAUUUGUGAUUACAUUUCUACCAGAUACAUUAGCUCUACAUUUUUUGCAUUAUUUCAUUUAUAUUCGUGUAUUACAUUUUUACCAGCACAAGGAUGAAUUACGUGAUAUUGAUCGGUUUUUUGAUUUUUACUAUAAACAUUUAGCCGAGUACUAUGGACCGAAGUCAGAACUUUGUACAGUUCAUAUACAUACGCAUCUUCUAUCUCAAGUUAAUAGACAUGGAUCUCUAUCAAUGACUUCAUGUUUUCCUCGUGAAUCUUAUAUUGGUCAUGCUGUUAAAUGGUGUCAAGGCAAGAAGUUCAUACUAGAACAAUUCAUGACUUGGUACAAGAUUGAGGAUAAAGCCAUCGUUAGAUCUUCAAAUGAUACUUUUGUAAAAUGUUGUGAUAAAAAGCACAUCAAACUCAAUGAAGCAAAUCCUGUUAAACGAUAUGCUCGUUAUUUUAGAGGAUUGAAAAAAUUUCAUUCAAUAUCCUAUGUGCGUGGCGGAAACUCUAUUAGUUAUUGGGUAUCGAUUAAAAAUGACAGUUGUCCACAAAAUCAUGGCGUCUGUUUUGGUGAAGUUAUUUAUUAUUUCCAAAUAGAUAAUGAAUCUUAUGCAUUUAUCAAACACUAUAAAUGUCUAGGUAAAAGUUUAGCUGAUGGCUUAUCAUCAACACCUGUUCCUCAAAAUCUUCUCGAUCGUUUAAACGUGUAUUACCGUUUUUUUUAUGACAAAAAAUUCACAUACAAAAUUGUAUCGACUUGUUGGAUAACUAAUGCAGUAAUUCGCAUGCCAUGGAUUGAACCCAACGUAUCAGUUUUUACUGAGAUACUGUUCUUUUUUCAAACAAGUAUGGACACACUUACUCAACGUCCACAACGCACAACGGCUGGCAGAACAUCUAAGUAUGCUGAUUUUUCAGUUGUUUCGUUUCCUCAACUGAAAAAACAUGCUAUCAUCAAAGCAUCCUUAAUUAAUUUCGAUCCACUCAGUCCUCUUGGAGUUCAAGCUGGAAGUCAUCAAGAAAUGGAAGAAGUUUCAAGUCGAUUUUCAAAAGAAUCAGGAAGUGAAGAAAUCUUUAUUCCAGAACAUGAAUGUGAAUAUCAUCCUCAAGAUCUUCGUGAACAAACAAUGGAUGAUGAUUUGAAUUUUGACGAUGAUAUAUAUACACCAACGACAAAUCGAACAAAAAAAAACAAUAAAACCGAUUACAACCAAUGA